AUCAUGGACUUCAGCCUUUCUAAGGAGGAUCUGACGUCACUCGGUCAGCUGGACCGGAAGUUGCGCCUCGUAGGAGCCAAGCUCUAUGUCAAGCACAAGUACUACCCAUUCUGAUGCCUUCUGAUGGUAACACGACGAAGUCAACAGGGAUACAGAUUCGUACGGUUUCAUACAGGGUCAUGAAAAAUAUACUGCAUACUUAUGUUUUCGGUGAUUGACUGCUGUUUGUGGACAACAGAUUAAUCGGAUAUAAGUAGACAAAUGAUUUAUUUGAGAGAA